AUGCUCUCCAGAGUAGCUCAAGCCUCGCGGCUGGGGCUGGCGGCCAGCCGGCUACCACGAACAGCCGUGCGUCAGCCGAUCCGAUUCCCGGCAGCUGCUUCUCCGGCCUCGCAAUUCCUCCGUACCUAUGCGAACAAGAAGUCCAGCCCCGAAGAGACUCCCCGACCAGCUCCGAAGCAGCCCUCACCCGGACCAAAGGACCCCGCCGCAGAAAGCUCACCAGCGCAAGAGCCAGCCGAGCAGAAGCCCGCCGAGUCUGCUGAGCCGGAACCCAUACCCUUCCACAAGCUUCCCGAUCUCACCCAGGGCAUUCCCUCGACAUUGGAGGCCGAGCUCGAGCAGAGAGCCGGCAAGUCGCCCUCGUCUCUGACGCUCGGCGAAGAGGAGGCCGCUGCUGGCGGAGGAGGAGGCCGAAGCCGAGGACCAAGGGAAGAGUAUGUCUCUACCAGCGAGCGCAACCGCAAGUGGUGGACUCGCUUCAUGUUGGCCGUCGCGGGUUCGGGAUCGCUGGUGGGCAUCGCAUACAUGGGUCGCAACUGGGAAGACACCAUCGAGGCAGAGCGCCACCCCGAUAUUCCCAAUGGCUGGAGCCCUGCGCUGUGGUGGCAGCGCACCAGAGCUCGAUGGGGAGAGUCUGUGUCGUACUACCAGGACCCUGCCUUUGAGAAGCUACUACCUGACCCCGACCCGAGCUUCGAGCGCCCGUACACCCUCUGUAUCAGUCUGGACGACAUGCUCAUCCACAGCGAAUGGACCCGAGAGCAUGGUUGGAGAGUGGCCAAGCGCCCUGGAAUGGACUAUUUCGUCCGAUACCUGAGUCAAUACUACGAGCUUGUGCUCUUCACCACUUCCCCCUAUGGCAUGGCAGAACCAGUGGUUCGGAAAUUGGAUCCUUUCCGCUUCAUCAUGUGGCCCCUCUAUCGCGAGGCGACUAAAUAUGAGGAUGGAGAAAUUGUCAAGGAUCUCUCCUACCUCAACCGUGACCUUUCCAAGGUCAUCAUCCUCGACACCAAUGCAUCCCAUGUCCGCAAGCAGCCUGAAAACGCCGUCAUUCUAGAGCCUUGGAAGGGUGAUGCAAACGAUAAGGAGCUUGUCGCCCUGAUUCCUUUCCUCGAGUAUAUCCACACCAUGCAAUACUCGGACGUUCGAAAAGUUCUCAAGUCUUUCGAAGGAAAGCACAUUCCUACCGAGUUUGCCCGCCGAGAAGCUAUUGCUCGAAGAGAGUUCAACAAGCAGCGAGCUGAAAAGUCGAAGCAUGGAAAGCCUUCCGGCAUGGGUGCUCUUGGCAACCUCCUUGGCCUGAAGCCUAGCAAGAUGAGCAUGACGGUGCCCAUUGACGGAGAGCAGGAUCCUACCGAAGCUUAUGCUCAGGGCAAGAUGCUUCAGGACAUUGCCCGCGAGAGAGGCCAGCGUAACUACAUGGUUCUUGAGAAGGAGAUUCGCGAGAACGGUGAGAAGUGGCUCAAGGAGGAGCAGCAAGCUAUGGAGAAGGCCCAGCAGGAAAUGAUGAGCAGCAUGAUGGGUUCCUUUUCCGGCAUGUUUGGCCCCAAGAAGGAGGGCGGCGACGGCACCAAGGCAUGA